AUGGCCCCUCUGGGUGAGGACACGCCCCUGAUUGAACAGCGGUCCUAUAGCCUAUCCUCCAGUGAGGCUGGCUCUCUGCAAGUGCUCCUGUGUCCCCGGAACCCCACAUCCCCACAGGUCCUCACCUUCUCUUUUGGGGAAUACUCUGCUGAAGAGCUCUGUGUCAAAGCUGCCAAGGCCUGUGGGAUCCUGCCUGUAUGCCAUGCUCUCUUUGCCCUGGCCACGGAAGACCUGUCCUGCUGGUUCCCACCCAACCACAUCUUCACAGUGGAAGAUUCUACCACUCAAAUCCUCCUUUACAGGAUCCGCUUCUUUUUUCCAAACUGGUUUGGACUGGAGAAGUGUUACCGCUUUGGGCUGCAGAAGGACAGAGCCAAUGCCAUCCUCGACUUCCCGGUCCUUGAGUAUCUCUUUGCGCAGUCCCGAAGUGACUUCAUCAGUGGGAGGAUGAAUCUGACACUGAAUCUUAAGGAGCAGGGAGAAUGCCUGAGCCUGGCGGUGUUGGACCUGACUCGGAUGGCCCGGGAACAGGGCCUGUGCCCCACGGAGAUCCUCAGGAGCAUCAGCUAUAAAGCCUGUCUCCCGGGAAGCUUCCGACGCUUGAUCCAGAGUCUCAGGUUCAUGACUCGGAAACGUUACCGUAAGAUGGUCCGCCGAGCCCUGCAAAGACUAGCUUCCUGUCAAGCAGAUGUGCACUCCAUCAUGCUGAAAUACCUCAUGGACCUGGAGAGACUGAAACCCAUCCGGGCUUCAGAGACCUUUGCAGGCCGGGCGCCAGGGGCUGCCUCCGGUCAGGACUCCAACUGUUUCAUCCAUGUGGCUGGAGACAACGGCAUCUCCUGGACCCCAGCGGGCAGUGAGAGCCCACAGCCUUUCUGUGAUUUCCCUGAGAUCGUUGAUAUUGGCAUCAAGCAGGCCUGCAGGGAAGGUCACCUCAGUGAAAACCGGCUGGUCACAGUUACCAAGACUGACAACAGGAUCCUGGAAGUUGAAUUUCCAACUCUAAGAGAAGCGCUGUCCUUUAUCUCUCUGGUUGAUGGCUACUACCGACUCACCACUGAUGCCCACCACUACUUCUGCAAAGAAGUGGCCCCACCCCAGCUCUUAGAGAACAUCGAGAACCAAUGCCAUGGUCCAAUCACGUCCGAGUUUGCUGUGAACAAGCUGAAGAUGGCCGGGUCAGUUCCAGGAUCUUAUGUCCUUCGGCAAAGCCCCCAGGACUUUGACAACUUCCUUCUCACUGUCUGUAUCCAGACAGCCCUGGGCCCAGACUACAAGGGCUGUUUAAUCCACCGGGACCUUUCAGGGAACCUCUUCCUGUCCGGGCUGAACCGGCCCCACAGUACCCUUUGCCAGCUUCUGGCAUCCUCCAAGGGCUGCGGGCUCCUUGUGGAUGGGACAGCUCUGAGCCUCAGUAGCUGCUGUCCCCCGAGGCCCAAAGAAAAGUCCAACUUGAUCAUAGUAAGGAGGGAUUGCAACCAGUUGCCCCCAUCGCCAGCCUUAAGCCCAGCCCAGGCCUGGCCUCAGCCCCAGCGCCAACUCAGCCAAAUGAUGUUCCACAAAAUCCCUGCCAACAGCUUGGAGUGGCACGAGAACUUGGGCCACGGCUCCUUCACCAAGAUCUACCGUGGGAGCCGCCUGGACAAGGUAGACGGGGAGACCCACAAGGUGGAGGUCUUGCUCAAAGUGAUGGACAAGACGCACCAGAACUGCAUUGAGUCCUUUCUGGAAGCUGCCAGCAUCAUGAGUCAAGUGUCCCACCAGCAUCUGGUUCUGCUGCACGGUGUCUGCAUGGUGGAAGACAGUAUCAUGGUACAGGAGUUUGUGAGGUGGGGGGCCCUCGAUACCCACUUACGGAAGUGUGGACCCCUGGUACCUGCCAGUUGGAAACUUCAAGUGGCCAAACAGCUUUCUUAUGCUCUCAACUACCUGGAAGACAAAGGCAUCGUCCACGGCAAUAUCUCCUCCAAGAAGGUCCUCCUAGCGAGGGAGGGGGCUGGGGGGAGCCCCCCCUUCAUCAAGCUCAGUGACCCCGGGGUCAGUCCCACUGUGCUGACCAAAGAGAUGCUCACUGACCGGAUCCCCUGGGUGGCUCCCGAGUGUCUAUGGGAUGCCAAGCUACUGAGCCUGGAGUCUGACAGGUGGAGCUUUGGGGCGACCCUCUGGGAGAUAUUCAGUGGGGGCACCAUGCCCCUAAGUGCCCUGGAACCCGCCAAGAAACUCCAGUUCUACAAGGAGAAACAGCAGCUGCCAGCCCUGAAAUGGACAGAGCUAGCCACCCUGAUCGGCCAAUGCAUGGAGUACAACCCUUACCUGCGGCCUUCCUUCCGGGCAAUCAUCCGGGAUCUCAACAGCCUCAUCACCUCAGAUUAUGAGCUCCUCUCAGAUCUCUCACCUAGCGCCAUGGCAGCCCGGGAUGGACUCUGGAGCAGCACUCACCUCAUGGCUGGCCAGGACCCCACCCUCUUUGAGGAGAGACACCUUAAAUAUAUCUCCCUGCUGGGCAAGGGCAACUUCGGCAGUGUGGAAUUGUGCCGCUAUGACCCACUGGGAGAUAACACAGGCGCGCUGGUGGCUGUCAAGCAGCUGCAGAACAGUGGGCCCCAGCAGCUGCGGGACUUCCAGCGAGAAGUGCAGAUUCUGAAAGCAUUACACAGCGACUUCAUCGUCAAAUACCGAGGUGUCUGCUAUGGCCCUGGCCGACAGAGUCUGCGCCUCGUUAUGGAAUACCUCCCCAAUGGCUGCCUUCGGGACUACCUGCAGCGUCACCGUGCCCACUUAGACCCCUACUUCCUCCUCCUCUAUGCUUCCCAGAUCUGCAAGGGGAUGGAGUACCUGGGAUCUCAGCGAUAUGUUCACAGAGACUUAGCCAACAGGAACAUCUUGGUGGAGAGUGAGAGUCAUGUGAAGAUUGGUGACUUUGGCCUGGCCAAACUUCUUCCCCAGGACAAAGAAUACUAUGUGGUCAGGGAGCCCGGCCAGAGCCCCAUCUUCUGGUAUGCCCCAGAGUCCCUCUCAGACAGCAUCUUCUCCCGGGAGUCCGACGUCUGGAGUUUUGGCGUGGUCCUCUAUGAGCUUUAUACCUUCAGUGACAAGGCCCACAGCCCUUCAGAGGAGUUUUUCCGAAUGAUGGCUUCUGACCGCCCCAUGCCCAUCCUCUGUCACCUACUGGAGCUGCUAACAGAGGGCAAGAGGCUGCCCAUUCCUCCUGGCUGCCCAGGAGAGGUUCGAGAGAUCAUGAGGAACUGUUGGGCUUACAACCCCAAGGACCGGCCUUCCUUCUGUGCCUUGGGCCCCCGGCUUGAUGCUCUGUGGGCUGGGCGCAGAGGGUAGCAGCUGGUGGUGGGACAGGGGCAUUGGAGAAAAGCCCCCCAUUUAGGAAUUGUCAGGCCUGGGUUCAAAUCCUGACUUUGCUACAGAUUUACUAUGCUCCAGUUUCUCCACUGGUCUAGUUGAUCCUUAAAGUUCUUUUCUAGCUCUCAAGUUCAAUGAUCUUAAAAAGACCUCCUUCCCUCUCUCCCUUUCAUCUUUUUUUUUUUUUUUUUGGUGAGGCAAUUGGGGUUAAGUGACUUGCUCAGGGUCACACAGCCAGUAAGUGUUAAGUGUCUGAAGCCGGAUUUGAACUCAGGUCCUCCUGACUCCAGGGCUGUUGCUCUAUCCACUGUGCCACCUAGCUGCCCCUCUCCCUUUCAUCUUGCUGAAGGACAAGGCUGAUUGUCCCUAACUUCCAAAUGGAAAAAAGGGACACAGGAACCCAAGAUGGAAUGGCAAUGGAAGAUCAGGAAGAAAUGGGGAGCACAUAUGGCUCCUCUUGGGGAGACUCUUUACUCUCUAUUGGACCUGCAAGGAAGGGAAGGGGGACCUUCCUUUGUGUAGUCCCAGGCUCCACCCUACCCCACCUACCUUCCUCCAGGGCACUGCCACACCUGAGUCGACUUCCCUAAGUGAAGCAGCUUUGUCAAUAUUUAAGGAGACUAAAAUGACAGUUAAAUAGACUAUAGAA